AUGCAAGCAUUGCCAACCAUUGAGAUCGGAGAGGUUAUCCGCAUUUGUGUCGAUUUUUCGCUUGCACCGUUGAAGAAUCAGCAGUACAAACCAGAUCCAUCAACCUUCUUCUUGGGCUGGCUGCUCGGUCCGUGUGUCAAACUACGUGAAGUUUCAAUCUUCCAUGUCUUCGGUAGCCCCGACUAUGAUGGCCGCCUCUUUGCCCCGCUUCUGCAACAUUGGGCACGCAGCUGUCCCUGUCUGGAAGCCCUAUGUUUUCUUUCCGCCCACCCUGAGGACAUUGUCAAGGCCUUGCCGGCAUUCAAAAACUUGCUGUCCCUCCAGAUGUACAUAUCUGCAAAGCACAACAUCUCGGCGGCGGAUAUUCUAGGCAUGAUCGCGGAUUGCUCAGUAUCCCUGCGCAAACUACACCUAUGCAUACAUUCUGACACAGAAGACAUCACGCAAUCUUUGCAGCGCUGUCUGCACGCACUCCCUCUCCGUGAGGUGGAGCUAUGUGACGCUGAUGAGUUUGGGACGAUUGGCCUACUGCCAGGAAACCUGGGACGAAUUAGUUGGCCGCGCACGUGCCACACAGUCCACGUGGCAUGCCACGGCGAAGAUCUGAUUUCUUUGGCCAAAGAGAUCCGCCUAAGCAAUGUUCGCCACCUAGGGGUCCAGGUCAGCAGUGAUUCCCCGUUCAUGGCAGCGGAUGUGAACAACUUCUUGGCCGCAUUGACAUGCUCCCAGCUAGAGCAACUUCGCUUGGAGAUCCCCAUGAAAGGAGAUGAGAUGCCAGCGGAUGUGCUCAAGGCCAUCCGAGCUGGUGCGGUCACCUUGAUCCAGAAGCUGCAGUCGCUGCAUCACCUGUUAGUCCUAGACGUAUCGAGCAGAACCUUUCUCCGUGGCUUGACACGCCUGGCAAAGCGGCACGGCGUGUUGUUGCGAAAGCCACCCGAUUGGAUGCCUCUCUUUUAG